UAAUCUCUCCGUGUGCGGUUUAGCUCGUUUAGAAACCGAUCGAACGCUCAACGGAACAGUUUAACAACUAUGGACAACUUUUACUGAUCUUUCUCUCACGUGUUCAGAAAUAUGGAGACUUUUGCUGUAUUUUUUGUUCUGUUGCUCGUGGAUGACGUGCUUAAUUUUGUGGUUGAAAUACAGUCUGUGUCAGCGAUAGAGGGAGAUUCUGUCACUUUAUAUACUGAUGUUACUGAAACACAGAAGGCUGAUCUGAUACUGUGGACGUUUGGAUCGGACAGCACUCGAAUAGCUCAAAUAAACCGAAUUUCCAAUAAGAUCUCAUUAUAUGAGGAUGUUCUUGACGGGAGAUUCAGAGACAGACUGAAGCUGGACGAUCAAACUGGAUCACUGACCAUCAUGAACAUCACAACUGAACAUACUGGAGUUUAUGGAUUUCUACAGAUCUUUGAUGGAAAUGAAGUCACACCCAAAAAAUUCAGCAUUACUGUUUCCGGUGAGUCGUUUUCUCGAUGCAUUCGGCUUGAUUUCAUUGCAUUGCAGUGUGGAUCCAUUAUAGACCUUAAUCUCUCAUGCUUUCCAGCAUUUCUUCCUGUUCCUGUCAUCAGCAGAAACUGUUCUUCUUCAUCAUCGUCCUCAUAUUGUUCAUUGGUGUGUUCAGUGGUGAAUGUGGGUCAUGUGACUCUCUCCUGGUACAAAGGAAACAGUUUAUUGUCCAGCAUCAGUGUGUCUGAUCUCAGCAUCAGUCUCUCUCUACCUCUGGAGGUGGAAUAUCAGGAUAAAAACAGCUACAGCUGUGUGCUCAACAAUCCCAUCAGCAACCAGACUCAACAUCUGGACAUCACUCAGCUCUGUCUCACAUGUUCAGGUAUGGCAGCA